AGCCAAUCGAGAGACCUCGAGGAAACGCUACAGCAAGGUUGAACAGACUAGUUAGCUUUGGACAGUGUAAAUAUUAGACCAUUUAGGAGUAAUUUCAACCAGACAAACUUCGUUUUACCCAUUUAUACAUGCCCGAAGACAGUAUGGACAAGCCGAAUAUAGUGACAUGUACCGCUCCUGUGAAUAUAGCUGUGGUAAAGUACUGUAAGUAUCACCUCGACUUCAAUUCAACCUUGUGUUUUCAAUACUAUGCCAAUGAAAGCAUUAAAAAGACAUGUUUUUCCUGUGUGGGGACUUAAGUGUGUCGUGUUGCUAAAAUUUGAAGGAAAGACGUAUCGUCAAGCUUUUACUCUGACUUCUAUUGAAUGAAUGUGAUCAUCUGUCGUGUUUUCAUUCAGGGGGGAAAAGAGACGAAGAACUAAUCCUACCGAUUAACUCAUCUUUGAGUGUCACUUUGCAUCAAGACCAGGUAACUAUUUUCACUUUUCAGAGUGUCGAUCCUGCUCAGAGCUGCAAGAGUGAUCAAGUGUGGAGGUUCUCUGCAGUCAUUCAAAAGCAAGUACAGCAAAAAUAGCAUCAUGAAACCACUAUAAUGUAGUGAUCAGAGGAGAUAGAAAUAAAAUGCUUAUAAUGUUUUAAAAUGUUAAGGUAACACUGUAAUUUUACACGAUAUAGUUAUGAUUAGAGAUGCACUGAUUGUAAAGAUUAGAGCCGUCCCAGAUACUACUGUUUAAAAUAUACAUUUAGCCACUGACACUAGCCAGAACUGCUGUUUUUAGUUGGUAUUGUUUUCUUAUGUCUGGCUUUUAAAAUCCCCUCCUGUAGACUUGGGUUUUAUAGCAGACUAUUUAAAGCCAACCGUCUCAAAUUUGGGUUUUAAGAUGGACAGUUUUAUAAAUUCGACAGGCAAAUAAGCUCAGUAGUGAAAUCCAGCUUUUAUCAUAUUAGGCAGCUGGCUAAGGCAAAGCCAUUCCUUGCACGUAAGCACUUUGAAACAGUAAUCCAUGCCUUUGUUACAUCUCGGCUGGAUCACUGUAACGCACUUUACUUUGGAGUCAGCCAGUCCUCCCUCUCACGUCUCCAGUUAGUACAAAACGCAGCCGCCCAGCUCUUAACUGGAGUAUGUAGGAGGGAGCACAUAACUCCCAUCCUGACCUCCCUCCACUGGUUACCUGUGCAUUUUAGAGUUCAUUUUAAGUUUCUUUGAUUUGUUUUAAAUCUUUAAAUGGUCUGGCUCCAUCUUACCUCUCUGAGCUUCUCCACCCCUACACCCCUGCUCAGUGCCUCAUGUCAGCAGAUCAGCUGCUCCUGGAGGUACUGAGGUCCAAACUGAAGCUCAGAGGGGAUAGAUCUUUUUCUGUUGUGGCCCCAAAAUUUUGGAACAAGCACCCCUCCAAAUCAGACAAGCCCACCCACACUGUCCAUUUUUAAAACUCGUCUUAAAACCCAUUUUUAUUCAUUGGCUUUCAACCCUGCAUGAGACUCAGCUCCUGUUUCAGAGUUUUAUGUUUUGUUAGUUAUUUGUUUCUAUUGUUUUUACAUUAGUUUUUAAAAACAUUGAAACUAUAUUUUACUUUUUAAUAUCUGCUUUUAUUUUAUCCAUUGUUUUAAUUGUUUUGUGAUUGUUUUUUAUGUCUGCGUUGUUUUGCCUAUUUAUGUACAGCACUUUGUUCAGCUGUGGUUGUUUUAAAAUGCUUUACAAAUAAAGUUGAGUUGAAUUGAGCGCUAAGAUCUGACCUAGUUUAGCAGUUGCUUGUCUCGCCUUGAAAGCCCGUCUUAAAAUGUCUAUGAGACAUAACACUGGUGUUUCUCAGAGACCCUAUAAUAUUCCCACUCUGAUCAUUAGAUCAUUAGAAUAAAUUGGUUUGUCUCGCAGAGGACUUUUCUUGUCCAAUAGAAAAGUAAGGUCUAUCCAGAUGUAUGUUGCUUAGAUGAAGACUGAGAAGAAUGAGAAUAUUAAAAGAGACAUUGGUGCUUAUCAUUUUAUUCCUGACUUUUUUGGCAGUGCUGAUAUUGAUAUUGUUUUUUUAAUCCUGUGUUUUUACCACACAAAUCACAAGUACCUCUAUAAAUGUCUUGGUGAUUUGGAGAAAUUGUGGUGCUAACGUCUUGGAAUAUGAAAUUAUAUUCAUUGGUGUUCACAGUGUCUCAAGUGUCUGCCUUUUCUUCCUCUGUCUGUCAAGCUAAAAACAACCACGACAAUUGCCACCAGCAGAUCCUUUCAGGAAGAUCGAAUAUGGCUCAACGGCAAAGAGGAGGACAUAAACCAUCCAAGGCUACAAUCCUGUCUGAGAGAGAGUAAGUGCUGAUAGUUUGUACUUUCCUCUUUAAAGCUUGUGUGAGGUAGGAAACUGGGUCUUUAAGAGAUUCAAGGCUUCUGUGUGAUUUGUCCGUCAUGUGUUUUUAGUUCGAAGAUUAGCGAGAAAAAGACGUAAUGAUGACGAUCCCUCUUUGGAUUCCACUGGUCUAUCUCAGAGAGUUCACAUCUGCUCUGUAAACAACUUCCCCACUGCUGCUGGGCUUGCAUCCUCAGCGGCUGGAUUUGCUUGUCUUGGUAAGAGAGCGUGUGUGUGUUAAGUCUCCAUGAUUGAACUUAAAUGCAUAAUCAAGUUUAAAUGAAAGAAUUAAAAUUCUAAUUCCUUGCAUGUUUAUCCAUUUUUUGAUAUGAAUAGUUUGAAAUAAUCUUUGAUACACCUCCAUUGAACCCGGUGUCCUCUGCUCUUACUUCUUUAUUCCUGUGCUACAGUGUACACUCUCGCCCGUGUGUUUGGCGUGGAGGGGGAGCUGUCUGCAAUUGCUCGGCAAGGCUCGGGUAGUGCAUGCAGGAGUAUGUAUGGAGGGUUUGUCCAGUGGAUCAUGGGGGAAAAAGAAGAUGGUAAAGACAGUCUAGCCCAGCAGGUGGAGGCAGAGACGCACUGGCCUGAGCUCAGAAUACUUGUGCUUGUGGUAAGUGUACCUAACAGAGACAUACAGUGACAAAAUCUAUUUAAAAUGAUUGUACUUGUUGGCUAGGUCUUGUUGCCUCCCCACAUGAACAAUUUCUAAUGUUUGGUGUGAUAAAUACACAUUUUUUCAGGCCAGUGCUGAGAGGAAACCAGUGGGCAGCACCUCUGGGAUGCAAACAAGUGUAAAAACAAGCUCUUUGUUAAAGGUACUCUCUUUUCCCUUAAAUUUUCAUUGUUUGCGUUACUGAAAUUUUACAUUAUGGUGGUAUCAAUUGUAUCUAAAUUUCUUCAAAUGAGGUUUAUCUCAAUCUUUUCUGUCCGUGUGAAGCACCGUGCCGACUCCGUUGUCCCAGGUCGGAUGGCGGACAUGAUUGAGGCAGUGCAGAAAAAAGACUUUGCUGCAUUUGCUGAAUUAACCAUGAAGGACAGCAACCAGUUUCACGCCACCUGCCUCGACACGUACCCUCCCAUCUUCUACCUCAACAGAGUGUCUCAACAGAUUAUCAAUGUGGUUCAUCGGUAUAACAGACACUACGGGGAGACACGGGUGAGCAACUUCAUUCUGCCAUUUCCUCCUGGCUGUGUGAUUCAACUUACCAAACCUGUGACUCAAUUGCAUUUACCAUUUUUUUAAAUAUAAUGUGUGUGACCGCACCAUUAUGCUACAAAAUAACUCUUGACAGACAGGAAAGGAAAUUUAAAGGAUGGGUUGUGAGAGUUUCGGUUCUCUGUAGAAUUAAAAGCAGAUAAAUAUGAAUGAAACAUGGUAUAACUGAAGGAUAGAAAAUAACUCAAAGUUUAAAUUAUACUUUGAAAUUGCUUUGUGUAUAUUUUAUAAGAAACUUGUUAAAUACUUAAGUCUUAAGACUUAUUAUGUCUGUGCUUUCUCUUUUCCUUCAGCCUUCCUCAAGAUGAAAUUUCUGAGAUGUUGUAAUGCAGAUGUGAAACUCAGAGGGUUGUUGCAGUCAGGGGAACAGAAAACUCUUGAUAUGAUGGUCACACUCUGUCUGUUUCCCUCCAGCUGGCCUACACAUUUGAUGCAGGACCCAAUGCAGUGAUCUUCAUGCUAAAGCAGCAUGUUCCUGAGUUUGUUCAAGUGGUUCAACAUUUCUUCCCUCCAGAGACCAACGGAGGACAGUGAGUGGACACAUACAUAACCUUUUAUUUAUCAAUAUGUUGAAAAAAACUUGUUUUUGCAAGUACUCAUAAAAAGAUGGGUGUUUUUGUCUGCAAAUAAAUUAUUUUACACUGUUGCUGGCUGAGGUGUGUUUGUCCUAAAUGAGUCAUCGGCUGCUGUUUUUCCCCUGCAGGUUUAUUAAGGGUCUUCCAGUUAACAGUGCUGCCCUUUCUGAGGAGCUGAAGCAGGACAUUGGUUUAGAGCCAAUGCCAAAGGGCAUAAGCUACAUUAUCAGCACCAAGGUACACACGCACAAACCAGUUUACAGCCUUGUUAUCCCUGGAAUUUACUAGUCAACUUUGAGGGUCAAAUUAAAAACUGUUAUCUGUUGUUGAUUUAUGUGUAGUGGUGUGCAUUUUUAAAGACUGCACAGCACACCAUUUAGUUGUAUGAUUAUUUUAUGUCAGAUUGCAUUACAAAUGUAUGUCUACCUUCUCUUUUAGGGUGUUCUUGUGAAACACUGUGUUGCACAUAUUCAGUCGGGAAUUGUUGCACACAUAAUGUGAUUGACUAUUUUAACAUUAGCUUCUAAAUGCAGUCUUUCACAUUUGAAUCCUCGAAACUAUUGGAAAACUAAUCAGAGAGUCUGACAGAAAUCAAGAGUCGAGUCUUUGGUAUGAAUCAUCUUUUCUAAUUGUGUGUUUCAGGCUGGACCAGGUCCCUGUGUUGUGACAGAUCCUACUCAGCACCUACUUGGCUCUGACGGAUUUCCUAUAGGAAGUGUAUGAUACCCUGCAACCCUGAGCGGACAACGUUAAAUGGCAGAAAUAAUAAAAACAAUCAGCUGAUACUUUAUUUGUAGCCAUAAUGUGUACAGUGAGUAAUUUUUAAUAAGUGACCCCAGACACAUGUCAUUUUGGGUUCUUGUUGCUCUUUUCAUUUUUGUACAUGUAUAGUCUUCUCAAAAACUAUUUGUAGAGGUAUUUUUCUAACAACCCAGAUGCACUUAAAUUUAAAAAAUAUAAUAAACCGCUGAAGCUGAUCCUUUACUCUCCAAACAGAUGCAUAUUUCCCUUGAGGGUACUCCGGGUGUUACCAUGAUGAUAGUCACAUGACGACUGUUUCAUUUUCAUCCUGUCAAAGCAAGAGCACAUCUGUCAAACUCAGUCUCAACUAUAAAAUAAAACAUAUUUAUGUAAAUCCA